AUGGCUGAUGCUGAAUUGCGCCACCGGGUGCUCGAAUCUGCGAUUCAGUUUGUCCCCAUUUAUGGUUGGUCGCGACAGGCAGUAGAAGCUGCUUGUCAAGCGGAAGGUUUGCCCAGCGGAUUGCAUUCGUUAGCCAUGCCACAGGGUCCGAUUGACCUGGUACUGCAUUUCUACGCGUCGCGAAAUCAACGGCUGGCAGAGGCGAUGUCCGAGUGGCGUUUGGGCGAAGGCGCCUCAACUCAAACACGACCUACUCCAAACGAGGUGGAUGCGUUUCUCUACCGAGCGUUGAAAUUCCGUCUGGAACAGAUUAUUCCCAUUUUGGACACAUGGCCUCAAGCUCUUGGUUUACUUGCCCUCCCGUCUAAUGUGCCCUCGUCUGUCGGUUUACUUGCCCAACUGGUGGAUGAGGUUUGGGCCCAGGCCGGUGAUCGAUCAACGGAUAUGACCUGGUACGCAAAACGCCUCGGUUUGGCGUACGUUUACAAUCUGACCGAAGUGUACAUGCUGCAAGAUAAGUCGCCCGAGUUUGCCGACUCAUGGGUAUUUUUGCGCACUCGGUUAUCGGAUUUGCGCUCACUGAAACAGAUGAAUCUGAAGGCGGUUACUAGCAUGGUUCGGGACGGUGUUAUGGCUUUCGGAAAUGUGAUGUAUUUUGUGUCUCCGAAACACGCAUACGAGAUCCAACUUCAGUCAUCCCCUCCGUUCUCCAAAUCCGGCCUCAUCCUCAAGCUUCACUCUUCGUGUAUCAGGCGGUUCGGCAUCCGAAGCUCGCGGUGUUGCUGGCGUUGGGAUUGCGCUCAGUGUCAAGGCCGAGCGUUCACUUCCCGAUUGGAUCCCGGUUAA